CGCUUGUAAGUGGACUGUACAGUGCUGUUUCAAGAUGAGAGGCUCCAUUUGUGUCUUCAUGUCGAUUGUCAUCAUUUUGGGAUUACCAGACAGUUCGGGAACAGAGAAAGUUGGUCUUGGAGACAAAUGCAACGCGAGCAGCGACUGUGCCUCAGGGCUGCAAACACGGUGUUUGCAUGGUUUCUGCUCGUGUGAGAUUGGCUACAGAUCCGAUCCAGACAAACAGAGCUGUGUUCCUCAGGUUUGGCUAGGUGAGAAGUGCGUCACUAAUGAAGACUGCGCACGGACAAACAGCAGCAGGAGAACGGAGUGCUGGAAGGGUUUGUGUUCGUGUCCGGCCGGCUUUCGGGUGACUCGAAGCAAAAAUGACUGUGCACAAGUUGAGAUCGGUGAGGCCUGCGAGGACAGUCGGGAAUGUUACGUCGCCCCAAAUGCCAGAAGGUGUGACCGCGGUGUGUGCAGAUGCGCUCCGCUGUACACUCCCUCCAGAAAGAAUAACAACACGUGUCUUAAAGUGUCAAACUAUAAUGAAUUUUGCGAAGAACAUGAUCAGUGCGUGACGAAAAACACGAGGUGUGAAGCCCCCAAAUGUGUGUGUGAUGAAGGUUACAGAUGGGACUCUUCCAUGUGUGUCAACAGCCAAGCCAAAUUGACGAUCAAGUUAUAUCUGAUCUCGUUCUUCCUUGUAGUUCAAUUUAAGUGGCUGUGAUCCAGAAUAACUACGAACGUCAUCCCCAGAACCCAUGGGACUUACUUCUGCGGCGUCUGUGCACAAACGAGAUACAGACUCCUCCGCGUGUCAUUUGACGGCGUGUUGCUGAAUCGGAAAGGAAUAAAUGAAAGGACACCUCUUUAUUCAGCAAACCCCAGACAUGAAUCUACAGUAUAGGUCUAUAAUUAGGACUCAUAUCCCUGAUGAUGGAGGCAGCAAGGACCUCUGAAAUGUUGGCAAACGUCUACCCAGAAGACAGCAGCCUUAGGCCUGCACUUCAUUAAGGAUAACUUACUGGCUAUGCACCCUCUUCUGUCUUCGGAGGGAUAAUGCCCUCUCAUGCAUUCACAGACACGACCAGGGCUGCAAACCAUUUGACUCGAAAUGCAGUUUCUGUCGAUUUCACACGCUUCUCCAAUAAGAGCAUCAUAACCUGGAGAAACAAAAGAUUUACAUCUCGCAUUCGCGACUACUUGUCGAGGUUAAGAACGCGUGGAGGUGUGCUUCCACUCCCCCCAUACACUUCUUAACGUGGUUGUUAAUGAGUUAGUUAGUUAGUUAAUUCCUUUUAUUCGUCUUGGGAACGUAGAGCUAAUGGUUGUUAAUGAAGCACUAGGAAGUUCUUUGUCUUUACGUAUAUUUCGAGGAGUAAAUGUCCCUGUUUUUGUCUGUCGUCGUAACUAUUUGACUACUUUAGUUUCUUUGUCACGUACAACGGACGUUGUGUCAUGGCUGCCGUCCUUACCUGCCAUUAUUUAUCUGUUUUUGAUUAUCUCCCACAUACCUUUCGUUUCGUACGUAAUAACCAAUAAUAAAAAUAAAUACAACAGCAGAACACCAGAAGCAGACGCCAUGUUGUACACCAGUUUCUUGAAAAUAUCGAUAAAAUUGGCGCUUCUUCGAGAAAACUUGUUUAACUUAAAACCGAUUCUUAGUUACGUAGUAAUGAGCUAAUAUAUUAUUCGCGCCUGCUAACACAUAUGUGGAUAAAAUAGCGAGAUAAGCCUUAUCUUUAUUCUGAAAGUUGAUAACAUUUUCUAUGACAAACCACGGCGCAUGACUAUAUUUUGGGUUGUUGCACAUCGUAUACGUUUCAGGGGUCCUUGCUAUCUCACCAUCAUCAGGGCGAUUAACCUAGUAGUAUAAUCACGUUUCAUUUUAACCAUACUUUCUUUUUAAUUCGAUUUAUUUAGAAUAAUUGUAAUGGCCACUUUGGUGAUUGGAAAAUAUAGUUGUAGGACUUGUAUUCCUGAACGAGAAAUCUCGAUCAUAAGAUGGAAA